AUGGACCUCUCACACAACCGCCUCCGCGGGGAGAUCCUGGCGGCCGUCGCCUCCCUGCGCGCGCUCGCCUACCUCGACCUCGCCGGGAACUGGCUCUGCGGCCGCAUCCCGCCGGAGGCCAGCGGCAUGUGGCGCCUCGCCCACCUCGACCUCUCCACCAACAACCUCACCGGCUGCAUCCCGGCGUCGCUUGGGAACCUGACGGCGCUGGCUUUCCUCGCCCUCCAGCAGAACACGCUGACCGGGCCGAUCCCCGGCGAGCUCGGGAAGCUCGCCGGCCUCGAGACCUUGCUGCUCACCACGACAUCGGUAAGUGGGGAGAUUCCUGAGAGCAUCGGCAACCUGACCAGGCUCACCACCCUGCAGCUCUACACCAACCGACUGUCAGGGUCCAUACCACCUUCUCUCGGGAACCUGGUGAACCUGCUCGACCUCGAGCUCGCCGAAAACCACCUGAGCGGUGGGAUCCCAACCUCCCUGGGGAACCUCACUAAUCUCGACCUCCUGAUUCUGUCCAAGGAUGCAACUCAUGACAUUGGGUUCUUGGCGAACCUAAGCGCCCUGCUUUUAGAUGCAAACCAGCUGGGAGGCCCGAUUCCCCGGAGCUUGGGGAACCUCACCAGGAUGGGGUACCUCCAACUGUCGAAAAACCAGCUUGUGGGCUCGAUCCCCGCCGAGAUCGGCCGUUUGGGGAGCAUGUGGUUCAUGGCCUUGUCCGAGAACCGGAUUUCAGGGUCAGUUCCUGCGGCUCUCGGGAACCUCACGAGCCUCAUAGAGCUCGAUGUGUUCUGCAACAAGCUGUCAGGCUCCCUGCCUCGAGAGUUUCUCAAUCUCACGGGGCUGGUUGAUCUCAACAUGGGGGCAACAACUCCCUCUCCGGGGAGCUGCCCUCCGACGUUUGCAGAGGGGGGAGCCUUCAACAUUAACAGGAGACGUGUCGAGCUUGGGGCCGUACGCCCGUACCCGCAGCUUGUGGAAGCAAACUUUGGGAGGAACAGACUUCAUGGGCAUCUGUCCAAGACCUGGGCUUCAAGUGUCAAUCUGACCAUACUGAACUUGUCAAAAAAUAUGAUAACUGGAAGCUUGCCACCUGAGCUUUCAAAUUUGGUAAUGUUGGAGGUACUCCUGCUCCACACCAACAAACUGACAGGCAGGAUACCACCAGAGUUGAGCAAGCUACCCAACCUAUACAAGCUCAAUUUGUCGCAAAACCAAUUUUCAGGUGGUAUACCACCUGAAUUUGGCCGGAUGAGCAAUCUUCAGUAUCUCGAUAUAUCGAUGAAUAAGUUGAGUGGAUCGAUACCGCAGGAGCUUGGGAGUUGCACUGGGCUUCUAUCACUGCUUAUCAGCCACAACAACUUGAGAGGAGAAUUGCCGAUGACCAUGGGUAAUCUGGGGAACCUGCAGCUCGUGUUGGAUGUGAGCAACAACAGACUCACAGGUGGGCUACCCAGUCAGCUCGGGAACUUGGUGAAGUAG